UCAAAGGCGGACAUGCUCGAUGGGAACUGGAGCUGUUGCCAUUGAAGAAAGAGAAAGAGAGAGAGAGAGAGAGAGCGGGGAGGGAAGAGGAGGAGACUAACACUUGCUACAUUCACACAUACACACAUACUGAACGGCGACGACAGCAAGGCAGCAACAGUGUGCUAUCCCACUGCAAAUACACCCUUUCUCUCUCAUUUCUAGCCUUCACUCCCGGCGAAGCAAGCAGAAGUUGGAAUCUGCCAUCCGCAUCUUUUUUUUCCAGACCAGACCUAACUGGUGCUGCUAUUUUCUGGGAUUGAAGUCUCCAGUGACAGCUCGAAUUCAUCAUGGCCGAUGAUGCAGAUAUGCGCAAUGAGUUGGAGAACAUGCAACAGCGUGCUGACCAGGUGGCUGAUGAGUCAUUGGAAAGCACUCGCCGCAUGCUUCAACUGGUUGAAGAGAGCAAGGAUGCUGGCAUCAGAACUUUGGUCAUGCUGGAUGAACAAGGAGAACAACUGGAACGCAUCGAGGAAGGAAUGGACCAAAUCAAUAAGGACAUGAAAGAAGCAGAAAAGAAUUUGACAGAUCUAGGAAAAUUCUGUGGUCUUUGUGCCUGUCCAUGUAACAAACUGAAGUCAAGUGAUGCUUAUAAAAAGGCCUGGGGGAAUAACCAGGAUGGAGUCGUGGCCAGCCAACCGGCCCGGGUGAUGGAUGAGCGUGAGCAGAUGGCAAUCAGUGGAGGAUUCAUUCGCAGAGUAACCAAUGAUGCCCGGGAAAAUGAGAUGGAUGACAAUUUAGAGCAAGUUGGUGGUAUCAUUGGUAAUCUUCGCCACAUGGCUCUUGACAUGGGUAACGAGAUUGAUACACAGAACCGCCAGAUUGACAGGAUUAUGGAGAAGGCUGAAUCCAAUAAAACCAGGAUUGACGAAGCUAACCAACGUGCAACAAAGAUGCUGGGAAGUGGCUAAGCCUGCAGGAAAGUGCACUACUCCCUGGCACUCUUCAGAAAGCAGCGUAUACAUUGAUUUUAUUGUGGUAUUUACUGACUAGGUUUGCACACAUGCACAUGACAGACCCAGUGUAAAAGUUGCCCUGUGUAGCUUGUCAUAUUUUUAACCAGAGUACUUGUAAUUAUUUAUUUCUAGAUAAAUCUCUUUCCAAAGGAUGUAUAUAGGGCUGGAUUGAUGGCUUUAGCUCACUCGUGAUUUUUCAUUUUGUUUUCCCAUUACAAAGUUUGCUCGGUAAAAUAGGAGCUUGAGAAAAGCUGUUUUUCUUUUGAAAUGCAGGGUGUACAGUAUUGUCCUUGUGAACUGUGUCAUUACACAAAGCUACUGCCAUGUUCCUAAGGGUAAUGUGAUGAUAAAAAUGCAUAGUUAAAAACAAAACUGUUGUCUUAUGUUCAUUUCACAGAACCUUUCUAACUUAACGUCAAGGAAGUGUGGUGUGUGUAACUGUAACCGUCCUUGCACUGAGGUGAUGUACUCAUACAAUUAUGCAUGAUAUUAAUUGUAAGACCUUCUGCUAAAAUGAUCUUCACAUGGCAGUAGCGCCUUGGCAAAGCAUGCUCAGUAUUGAGACACAGUUGAUAAUAGGUUAUAUCUGCAAGUCUACAGUAGUGCCACAUUUCAUGUUCGAGAAACAAAACUGUGAACAUGGUGUAAAAUAAGGAUAAAGCAUUUAAUAAAUGAACAAUUUCUGCAAUGAGUAUUCUCAAAAUGAGAAAACUUAAGGCAGAAGCAAAACAUAUUGGUAGCGGUUAGACAUUUUAUCCACAAGGUUUAGAUGCUGCUAAUGGUAACGAUAUCUGAUGGAAAGAUUGCACUAACAGGGAAAACGUAGUUGUAUACAUAGGCCUGAAUAUUUAUGAAAGAUAUGUAGAUUUUAUAAAGAAAUUGUAUUUUGUUUGUUAUUACCCUGUGUUUUGUAAAGUUUCUUGUCGCUUUAUGCAUUUAGAGCUAUGCACAGCAAAUGGCUGGACUGUGUAGUUAAAGAAAUAACUAAACAAAAAUAGCAAAAUCUGUUGAGAUAAAUGUUAUUAUAGCAUGUAAUGUGGAAUUCCUACUGCCUCUGUCAGUCUGUGAAGUGGUUAAACAUUUUGUAGCUAGUUAAAAUGAUUAAAUAUUACGAACCUUAA